CUGGGUGGGUGGGGAACGCAGCUGGGUGGGUGGGGAACGCAGCUGGGUGGGUGGGGAACGCAGCUGGGUGGGUGGGGAACGCAGCUGGGUGGGUGGGGAACGCAGCUGGGUGGGUGGGGAACGCAGCUGGGUGGGUGGGGAACGCAGCUGGGUGGGUGGGGAACGCAGCUGGGUGGGUGCGGAACGCAGCUGGGUGGGUGGGGAACGCAGCUGGGUGGGUGGGGAACGCAGCUGGGUGGGUGGGGAACGCAGCUGGGUGGGUGGGGAACGCAGCUGGGUGGGUGGGGAACGCAGCUGGGUGGGUGGGGAACGCAGCUGGGUGGGUGGGGAACGCAGCUGGGUGGGUGGGGAACGCAGCUGGGUGGGUGGGGAACGCAGCUGGGUGGGUGGGGAACGCAGCUGGGUGGGUGGGGAACGCAGCUGGGUGGGUGGGGAACGCAGCUGGGUGGGUGGGGAACGCAGCUGGGUGGGUGGGGAACGCAGCUGGGUGGGUGGGGAACGCAGCUGGGUGGGUGGGGAACGCAGCUGGGUGGGUGGGGAACGCAGCUGGGUGGGUGGGGAACGCAGCUGGGUGGGUGCGGAACGCAGCUGGGUGGGUGCGGAACGCAGCUGGGUGGGUGGGAACGCAGCUGGGUGGCUGGGUGGGUGGGAACGCAGCUGGGUGGGUGGGGAACGCAGCUGGGUGGGUGGGGAACGCAGCUGGGUGGGUGGGGAACGCAGCUGGGUGGGUGGGGAACGCAGCUGGGUGGGUGGGGAACGCAGCUGGGUGGGUGGGGAACGCAGCUGGGUGGGUGGGGAACGCAGCUGGGUGGGUGGGGAACGCAGCUGGGUGGGUGGGGAACGCAGCUGGGUGGGUGGGGAACGCAGCUGGGUGGGUGGGGAACGCAGCUGGGUGGGUGGGGAACGCAGCUGGGUGGGUGGGGAACGCAGCUGGGUGGGUGGGGAACGCAGCUGGGUGGGUGGGGAACGCAGCUGGGUGGGUGGGGAACGCAGCUGGGUGGGUGGGGAACGCAGCUGGGUGGGUGGGGAACGCAGCUGGGUGGGUGGGGAACGCAGCUGGGUGGGUGGGGAACGCAGCUGGGUGGGUGGGGAACGCAGCUGGGUGGGUGGGGAACGCAGCUGGGUGGGUGGGGAACGCAGCUGGGUGGGUGGGGAACGCAGCUGGGUGGGUGGGAACGCAGCUGGGUGGCUGGGUGGGUGGGAACGCAGCUGGGUGGGUGGGGAACGCAGCUGGGUGGGUGGGGAACGCAGCUGGGUGGGUGGGAACGCAGCUGGGUGGGUGGGGAACGCAGCUGGGUGGGUGCGGAACGCAGCUGGGUGGGUGCGGAACGCAGCUGGGUGGGUGGGGAACGCAGCUGGGUGGGUGGGGAACGCAGCUGGGUGGGUGGGGAACGCAGCUGGGUGGGUGGGAACGCAGCUGGGUGGGUGGGAACGCAGCUGGGUGGGUGGGGAACGCAGCUGGGUGGGUGGGGAACGCAGCUGGGUGGGUGGGGAACGCAGCUGGGUGGGUGGGGAACGCAGCUGGGUGGGUGGGGAACGCAGCUGGGUGGGUGGGGAACGCAGCUGGGUGGGUGGGGAACGCAGCUGGGUGGGUGGGGAACGCAGCUGGGUGGGUGGGGAACGCAGCUGGGUGGGUGGGGAACGCAGCUGGGUGGGUGGGGAACGCAGCUGGGUGGGUGGGGAACGCAGCUGGGUGGGUGGGGAACGCAGCUGGGUGGGUGGGGAACGCAGCUGGGUGGGUGGGGAACGCAGCUGGGUGGGUGGGGAACGCAGCUGGGUGGGUGGGGAACGCAGCUGGGUGGGUGGGGAACGCAGCUGGGUGGGUGGGGAACGCAGCUGGGUGGGUGGGGAACGCAGCUGGGUGGGUGGGGAACGCAGCUGGGUGGGUGGGGAACGCAGCUGGGUGGGUGGGGAACGCAGCUGGGUGGGUGGGGAACGCAGCUGGGUGGGUGGGGAACGCAGCUGGGUGGGUGGGGAACGCAGCUGGGUGGGUGGGGAACGCAGCUGGGUGGGUGGGGAACGCAGCUGGGUGGGUGGGGAACGCAGCUGGGUGGGUGGGGAACGCAGCUGGGUGGGUGGGGAACGCAGCUGGGUGGGUGGGGAACGCAGCUGGGUGGGUGGGGAACGCAGCUGGGUGGGUGGGGAACGCAGCUGGGUGGGUGGGGAACGCAGCUGGGUGGGUGGGGAACGCAGCUGGGUGGGUGGGGAACGCAGCUGGGUGGGUGGGGAACGCAGCUGGGUGGGUGGGGAACGCAGCUGGGUGGGUGGGGAACGCAGCUGGGUGGGUGGGGAACGCAGCUGGGUGGGUGGGGAACGCAGCUGGGUGGGUGGGAACGCAGCUGGGUGGGUGGGGAACGCAGCUGGGUGGGUGGGGAACGCAGCUGGGUGGGUGGGGAACGCAGCUGGGUGGGUGGGGAACGCAGCUGGGUGGGUGGGGAACGCAGCUGGGUGGGUGGGGAACGCAGCUGGGUGGGUGGGGAACGCAGCUGGGUGGGUGGGGAACGCAGCUGGGUGGGUGGGGAACGCAGCUGGGUGGGUGGGGAACGCAGCUGGGUGGGUGGGGAACGCAGCUGGGUGGGUGGGGAACGCAGCUGGGUGGGUGGGGAACGCAGCUGGGUGGGUGGGGAACGCAGCUGGGUGGGUGGGGAACGCAGCUGGGUGGGUGGGGAACGCAGCUGGGUGGGUGGGGAACGCAGCUGGGUGGGUGGGGAACGCAGCUGGGUGGGUGGGGAACGCAGCUGGGUGGGUGGGAACGCAGCUGGGUGGGUGGGGAACGCAGCUGGGUGGGUGGGAACGCAGCUGGGUGGGUGGGGAACGCAGCUGGGUGGGUGGGGAACGCAGCUGGGUGGGUGGGGAACGCAGCUGGGUGGGUGGGGAACGCAGCUGGGUGGGUGGGGAACGCAGCUGGGUGGGUGGGGAACGCAGCUGGGUGGGUGGGGAACGCAGCUGGGUGGGUGGGGAACGCAGCUGGGUGGGUGGGGAACGCAGCUGGGUGGGUGGGGAACGCAGCUGGGUGGGUGGGGAACGCAGCUGGGUGGGUGGGGAACGCAGCUGGGUGGGUGGGGAACGCAGCUGGGUGGGUGGGGAACGCAGCUGGGUGGGUGCGGAACGCAGCUGGGUGGGUGGGGAACGCAGCUGGGUGGGUGGGGAACGCAGCUGGGUGGGUGGGGAACGCAGCUGGGUGGGUGGGGAACGCAGCUGGGUGGGUGGGGAACGCAGCUGGGUGGGUGGGGAACGCAGCUGGGUGGGUGCGGAACGCAGCUGGGUGGGUGGGGAACGCAGCUGGGUGGGUGGGAACGCAGCUGGGUGGGUGGGAACGCAGCUGGGUGGGUGGGAACGCAGCUGGGUGGGUGCGGAACGCAGCUGGGUGGGUGGGGAACGCAGCUGGGUGGGUGGGGAACGCAGCUGGGUGGGUGGGGAACGCAGCUGGGUGGGUGGGGAACGCAGCUGGGUGGGUGGGGAACGCAGCUGGGUGGGUGGGGAACGCAGCUGGGUGGGUGGGGAACGCAGCUGGGUGGGUGGGGAACGCAGCUGGGUGGGUGGGGAACGCAGCUGGGUGGGUGGGGAACGCAGCUGGGUGGGUGGGGAACGCAGCUGGGUGGGUGGGGAACGCAGCUGGGUGGGUGGGGAACGCAGCUGGGUGGGUGGGGAACGCAGCUGGGUGGGUGGGGAACGCAGCUGGGUGGGUGGGGAACGCAGCUGGGUGGGUGGGGAACGCAGCUGGGUGGGUGGGGAACGCAGCUGGGUGGGUGGGGAACGCAGCUGGGUGGGUGGGGAACGCAGCUGGGUGGGUGGGGAACGCAGCUGGGUGGGUGGGGAACGCAGCUGGGUGGGUGGGGAACGCAGCUGGGUGGGUGGGGAACGCAGCUGGGUGGGUGGGGAACGCAGCUGGGUGGGUGGGGAACGCAGCUGGGUGGGUGGGGAACGCAGCUGGGUGGGUGGGGAACGCAGCUGGGUGGGUGGGGAACGCAGCUGGGUGGGUGGGGAACGCAGCUGGGUGGGUGGGGAACGCAGCUGGGUGGGUGGGGAACGCAGCUGGGUGGGUGGGGAACGCAGCUGGGUGGGUGGGGAACGCAGCUGGGUGGGUGGGGAACGCAGCUGGGUGGGUGGGGAACGCAGCUGGGUGGGUGGGGAACGCAGCUGGGUGGGUGGGGAACGCAGCUGGGUGGGUGGGGAACGCAGCUGGGUGGGUGGGGAACGCAGCUGGGUGGGUGGGGAACGCAGCUGGGUGGGUGGGGAACGCAGCUGGGUGGGUGGGGAACGCAGCUGGGUGGGUGCGGAACGCAGCUGGGUGGGUGGGGAACGCAGCUGGGUGGGUGGGGAACGCAGCUGGGUGGGUGGGAACGCAGCUGGGUGGGUGGGGAACGCAGCUGGGUGGGUGGGGAACGCAGCUGGGUGGGUGGGGAACGCAGCUGGGUGGGUGGGGAACGCAGCUGGGUGGGUGGGGAACGCAGCUGGGUGGCUGGGUGGGUGGGAACGCAGCUGGGUGGGUGGGGAACGCAGCUGGGUGGGUGGGGAACGCAGCUGGGUGGGUGGGGAACGCAGCUGGGUGGGUGGGGAACGCAGCUGGGUGGGUGGGGAACGCAGCUGGGUGGGUGGGGAACGCAGCUGGGUGGGUGGGGAACGCAGCUGGGUGGGUGCGGAACGCAGCUGGGUGGGUGGGAACGCAGCUGGGUGGGUGGGGAACGCAGCUGGGUGGGUGGGGAACGCAGCUGGGUGGGUGGGGAACGCAGCUGGGUGGGUGGGGAACGCAGCUGGGUGGGUGGGGAACGCAGCUGGGUGGGUGGGAACGCAGCUGGGUGGGUGGGGAACGCAGCUGGGUGGGUGGGGAACGCAGCUGGGUGGGUGGGGAACGCAGCUGGGUGGGUGGGGAACGCAGCUGGGUGGGUGGGGAACGCAGCUGGGUGGGUGGGGAACGCAGCUGGGUGGGUGGGGAACGCAGCUGGGUGGGUGGGGAACGCAGCUGGGUGGGUGGGAACGCAGCUGGGUGGGUGGGGAACGCAGCUGGGUGGGUGGGGAACGCAGCUGGGUGGGUGGGGAACGCAGCUGGGUGGGUGGGGAACGCAGCUGGGUGGGUGGGGAACGCAGCUGGGUGGGUGGGGAACGCAGCUGGGUGGGUGGGGAACGCAGCUGGGUGGGUGGGGAACGCAGCUGGGUGGGUGGGGAACGCAGCUGGGUGGGUGGGGAACGCAGCUGGGUGGGUGGGGAACGCAGCUGGGUGGGUGGGGAACGCAGCUGGGUGGGUGGGGAACGCAGCUGGGUGGGUGGGGAACGCAGCUGGGUGGGUGGGGAACGCAGCUGGGUGGGUGGGGAACGCAGCUGGGUGGGUGGGGAACGCAGCUGGGUGGGUGGGGAACGCAGCUGGGUGGGUGGGGAACGCAGCUGGGUGGGUGGGGAACGCAGCUGGGUGGGUGGGGAACGCAGCUGGGUGGGUGGGGAACGCAGCUGGGUGGGUGGGGAACGCAGCUGGGUGGGUGGGGAACGCAGCUGGGUGGGUGGGGAACGCAGCUGGGUGGGUGGGGAACGCAGCUGGGUGGGUGGGGAACGCAGCUGGGUGGGUGGGGAACGCAGCUGGGUGGGUGGGGAACGCAGCUGGGUGGGUGGGGAACGCAGCUGGGUGGGUGGGGAACGCAGCUGGGUGGGUGGGGAACGCAGCUGGGUGGGUGGGGAACGCAGCUGGGUGGGUGGGGAACGCAGCUGGGUGGGUGGGGAACGCAGCUGGGUGGGUGGGGAACGCAGCUGGGUGGGUGGGGAACGCAGCUGGGUGGGUGGGGAACGCAGCUGGGUGGGUGGGGAACGCAGCUGGGUGGGUGGGGAACGCAGCUGGGUGGGUGGGGAACGCAGCUGGGUGGGUGGGGAACGCAGCUGGGUGGGUGGGGAACGCAGCUGGGUGGGUGGGGAACGCAGCUGGGUGGGUGGGGAACGCAGCUGGGUGGGUGGGGAACGCAGCUGGGUGGGUGGGGAACGCAGCUGGGUGGGUGGGGAACGCAGCUGGGUGGGUGGGGAACGCAGCUGGGUGGGUGGGGAACGCAGCUGGGUGGGUGGGGAACGCAGCUGGGUGGGUGGGGAACGCAGCUGGGUGGGUGGGAACGCAGCUGGGUGGGUGGGGAACGCAGCUGGGUGGGUGCGGAACGCAGCUGGGUGGGUGGGGAACGCAGCUGGGUGGGUGGGGAACGCAGCUGGGUGGGUGGGGAACGCAGCUGGGUGGGUGGGGAACGCAGCUGGGUGGGUGGGGAACGCAGCUGGGUGGGUGGGGAACGCAGCUGGGUGGGUGGGAACGCAGCUGGGUGGGUGGGGAACGCAGCUGGGUGGGUGGGAACGCAGCUGGGUGGGUGGGGAACGCAGCUGGGUGGGUGCGGAACGCAGCUGGGUGGGUGGGAACGCAGCUGGGUGGGUGCGGAACGCAGCUGGGUGGGUGGGGAACGCAGCUGGGUGGGUGGGGAACGCAGCUGGGUGGGUGCGGAACGCAGCUGGGUGGGUGGGGAACGCAGCUGGGUGGGUGGGGAACGCAGCUGGGUGGGUGGGAACGCAGCUGGGUGGGUGGGAACGCAGCUGGGUGGGUGCGGAACGCAGCUGGGUGGGUGGGGAACGCAGCUGGGUGGGUGGGAACGCAGCUGGGUGGGUGCGGAACGCAGCUGGGUGGGUGGGAACGCAGCUGGGUGGGUGGGGAACGCAGCUGGGUGGGUGCGGAACGCAGCUGGGUGGGUGGGGAACGCAGCUGGGUGGGUGGGGAACGCAGCUGGGUGGGUGCGGAACGCAGCUGGGUGGGUGGGGAACGCAGCUGGGUGGGUGGGGAACGCAGCUGGGUGGGUGGGGAACGCAGCUGGGUGGGUGCGGAACGCAGCUGGGUGGGUGGGGAACGCAGCUGGGUGGGUGCGGAACGCAGCUGGGUGGGUGGGGAACGCAGCUGGGUGGGUGGGGAACGCAGCUGGGUGGGUGGGGAACGCAGCUGGGUGGGUGGGGAACGCAGCUGGGUGGGUGGGGAACGCAGCUGGGUGGGUGGGGAACGCAGCUGGGUGGGUGGGAACGCAGCUGGGUGGGUGGGGAACGCAGCUGGGUGGGUGGGGAACGCAGCUGGGUGGGUGGGGAACGCAGCUGGGUGGGUGGGGAACGCAGCUGGGUGGGUGGGGAACGCAGCUGGGUGGGUGGGGAACGCAGCUGGGUGGGUGGGGAACGCAGCUGGGUGGGUGGGGAACGCAGCUGGGUGGGUGCGGAACGCAGCUGGGUGGGUGGGGAACGCAGCUGGGUGGGUGCGGAACGCAGCUGGGUGGGUGGGGAACGCAGCUGGGUGGGUGGGGAACGCAGCUGGGUGGGUGGGGAACGCAGCUGGGUGGGUGGGGAACGCAGCUGGGUGGGUGCGGAACGCAGCUGGGUGGGUGGGGAACGCAGCUGGGUGGGUGGGGAACGCAGCUGGGUGGGUGCGGAACGCAGCUGGGUGGGUGGGGAACGCAGCUGGGUGGGUGGGGAACGCAGCUGGGUGGGUGCGGAACGCAGCUGGGUGGGUGGGGAACGCAGCUGGGUGGGUGGGGAACGCAGCUGGGUGGGUGCGGAACGCAGCUGGGUGGGUGCGGAACGCAGCUGGGUGGGUGCGGAACGCAGCUGGGUGGGUGGGGAACGCAGCUGGGUGGGUGCGGAACGCAGCUGGGUGGGUGGGGAACGCAGCUGGGUGGGUGGGGAACGCAGCUGGGUGGGUGGGGAACGCAGCUGGGUGGGUGCGGAACGCAGCUGGGUGGGUGGGGAACGCAGCUGGGUGGGUGCGGAACGCAGCUGGGUGGGUGCGGAACGCAGCUGGGUGGGUGCGGAACGCAGCUGGGUGGGUGGGGAACGCAGCUGGGUGGGUGCGGAACGCAGCUGGGUGGGUGCGGAACGCAGCUGGGUGGGUGGGGAACGCAGCUGGGUGGGUGGGGAACGCAGCUGGGUGGGUGGGGAACGCAGCUGGGUGGGUGCGGAACGCAGCUGGGUGGGUGGGGGAACGCAGCUGGGUGGGUGCGGAACGCAGCUGGGUGGGUGGGGAACGCAGCUGGGUGGGUGGGGAACGCAGCUGGGUGGGUGGGAACGCAGCUGGGUGGGUGCGGAACGCAGCUGGGUGGGUGCGGAACGCAGCUGGGUGGGUGCGGAACGCAGCUGGGUGGGUGGGGGAACGCAGCUGGGUGGGUGGGGAACGCAGCUGGGUGGGUGGGGAACGCAGCUGGGUGGGUGGGGAACGCAGCUGGGUGGGUGGGAACGCAGCUGGGUGGGUGCGGGAACGCAGCUGGGUGGGUGGGAACGCAGCUGGGUGGGGCGGAACGCAGCUGGGUGGGUGGGGAACGCAGCUGGGUGGGUGCGGAACGCAGCUGGGUGGGUGGGGAACGCAGCUGGGUGGGUGGGGAACGCAGCUGGGUGGGUGGGGAACGCAGCUGGGUGGGUGCGGAACGCAGCUGGGUGGGUGGGGAACGCAGCUGGGUGGGUGCGGAACGCAGCUGGGUGGGUGCGGAACGCAGCUGGGUGGGUGCGGAACGCAGCUGGGUGGGUGCGGAACGCAGCUGGGUGGGUGCGGAACGCAGCUGGGUGGGUGGGGAACGCAGCUGGGUGGGUGGGAACGCAGCUGGGUGGGUGGGAACGCAGCUGGGUGGGUGGGGAACGCAGCUGGGUGGGUGGGGAACGCAGCUGGGUGGGUGCGGAACGCAGCUGGGUGGGUGGGGAACGCAGCUGGGUGGGUGGGGAACGCAGCUGGGUGGGUGGGGAACGCAGCUGGGUGGGUGCGGAACGCAGCUGGGUGGGUGGGGAACGCAGCUGGGUGGGUGGGGAACGCAGCUGGGUGGGUGCGGAACGCAGCUGGGUGGGUGGGGAACGCAGCUGGGUGGGUGCGGAACGCAGCUGGGUGGGUGGGGAACGCAGCUGGGUGGGUGGGAACGCAGCUGGGUGGGUGCGGAACGCAGCUGGUGGGUGGGGAACGCAGCUGGGGGGUGGGGAACGCAGCUGGGUGGGUGCGGAACGCAGCUGGGUGGGUGGGGAACGCAGCUGGGUGGUGCGGAACGCAGCUGGGUGGGUGCGGAACGCAGCUGGGUGGGUGCGGAACGCAGCUGGGUGGGUGGGGAACGCAGCUGGGUGGGUGGGGAACGCAGCUGGGUGGGUGCGGAACGCAGCUGGGUGGGUGGGGAACGCAGCUGGGUGGGUGCGGAACGCAGCUGGGUGGGUGGGGAACGCAGCUGGGUGGGUGCGGAACGCAGCUGGGUGUGGGUGGGAACGCAGCUGGGUGGGUGCGGAACGCAGCUGGGUGGGUGCGGAACGCAGCUGGGUGGGUGCGGAACGCAGCUGGGUGGGUGGGAACGCAGCUGGGUGGGUGCGGAACGCAGCUGGGUGGGUGCGGAACGCAGCUGGGUGGGUGGGGAACGCAGCUGGGUGGGUGCGGAACGCAGCUGGGUGGGUGGGAACGCAGCUGGGUGGGUGCGGAACGCAGCUGGGUGGGUGGGGAACGCAGCUGGGUGGGUGCGGAACGCAGCUGGGGGGUUGGGGAACGCAGCUGGGUGGGUGCGGAACGCAGCUGGGUGGGUGCGGAACGCAGCUGGGUGGGUGCGGAACGCAGCUGGUGGGUGCGGAACGCAGCUGGGUGGGUGCGGAACGCAGCUGGGUGGGUGGGAACGCAGCUGGGUGGGUGGGGAACGCAGCUGGGUGGGUGGGGAACGCAGCUGGGUGGGUGGGAACGCAGCUGGUGGGUGCGGAACGCAGCUGGGUGGGUGCGGAACGCAGCUGGGUGGGUGGGGAACGCAGCUGGGUGGGUGCGGAACGCAGCUGGGUGGGUGGGGAACGCAGCUGGGUGGGUGCGGAACGCAGCUGGGUGGGUGGGGAACGCAGCUGGGUGGGUGCGGAACGCAGCUGGGUGGGUGGGGAACGCAGCUGGGUGGGUGCGGAACGCAGCUGGGUGGGUGGGGAACGCAGCUGGGUGGGUGCGGAACGCAGCUGGGUGGGUGCGGAACGCAGCUGGGUGGGUGGGGAACGCAGCUGGGUGGGUGCGGAACGCAGCUGGGUGGGUGCGGAACGCAGCUGGGUGGGUGGGGAACGCAGCUGGGUGGGUGGGGAACGCAGCUGGGUGGGUGGGGAAACGCAGCUGGGUGGGUGGGGAACGCAGCUGGGUGGGUGGGGAACGCAGCUGGGUGGGUGCGGAACGCAGCUGGGUGGGUGCGGAACGCAGCUGGUGGGUGCGGAACGCAGCUGGGUGGGGCGGAACGCAGCUGGGUGGGUGGGGAACGCAGCUGGGUGGGUGGGGAACGCAGCUGGGUGGGUGGGGAACGCAGCUGGGGGUGUGGGAACGCAGCUGGGUGGGUGGGAACGCAGCUGGGUGGGUGCGGAACGCAGCUGGGUGGGUGCGGAACGCAGCUGGGUGGGUGGGGAACGCAGCUGGGUGGGUGCGGAACGCAGCUGGGUGGGUGGGGAACGCAGCUGGGUGGGUGCGGAACGCAGCUGGGGUGGUGGGGAACGCAGCUGGGUGGGUGCGGAACGCAGCUGGGUGGGUGGGGAACGCAGCUGGGUGGGUGCGGAACGCAGCUGGGUGGGUGGGGAACGCAGCUGGGUGGGUGGGGAACGCAGCUGGGUGGGUGCGGAACGCAGCUGGUGGGUGGGGGAACGCAGCUGGGUGGGUGCGGAACGCAGCUGGGUGGGUGCGGAACGCAGCUGGGUGGGUGCGGAACGCAGCUGGGUGGGUGCGGAACGCAGCUGGGUGGGUGGGGAACGCAGCUGGGUGGGUGCGGAACGCAGCUGGGUGGGUGGGGAACGCAGCUGGGUGGGUGGCGGAACGCAGCUGGGUGGGUGGGGAACGCAGCUGGGUGGGUGCGGAACGCAGCUGGGUGGGUGGGGAACGCAGCUGGGUGGGUGCGGAACGCAGCUGGGUGGGUGCGGAACGCAGCUGGGUGGGUGCGGAACGCAGCUGGGUGGGUGGGGAACGCAGCUGGGUGGGUGCGGAACGCAGCUGGGUGGGUGCGGAACGCAGCUGGGUGGGUGGGAACGCAGCUGGGUGGGUGCGGAACGCAGCUGGGUGGGUGGGGAACGCAGCUGGGUGGGUGCGGAACGCAGCUGGGUGGGUGGGGAACGCAGCUGGGUGGGUGCGGAACGCAGCUGGGUGGGUGGGGAACGCAGCUGGGUGGGUGCGGAACGCAGCUGGGUGGGUGCGGAACGCAGCUGGGUGGGUGGGGAACGCAGCUGGGUGGUGGGGGAACGCAGCUGGGUGGGUGCGGAACGCAGCUGGGGGUGGGAACGCAGCGGGGUGGGUGGGGAACGCAGCUGGGUGGGUGGGGAACGCAGCUGGGUGGGUGGGGAACGCAGCUGGGUGGGUGGGGAACGCAGCUGGGUGGGUGCGGAACGCAGCUGGGUGGGUGCGGAACGCAGCUGGGUGGGUGGGGAACGCAGCUGGUGGUGGGGAACGCAGCUGGGUGGGUGGGGAACGCAGCUGGGUGGGUGGGAACGCAGCUGGGUGGGUGGGGAACGCAGCUGGGUGGGUGCGGAACGCAGCUGGGUGGGUGGGAACGCAGCUGGGUGGGUGCGGAACGCAGCUGGGUGGGUGGGGGAACGCAGCUGGGUGGGUGGGGAACGCAGCUGGGUGGGUGGGGAACGCAGCUGGGUGGGUGGGGAACGCAGCUGGGUGGGUGCGGAACGCAGCUGGGUGGGUGGGAACGCAGCUGGGUGGGUGGGGAACGCAGCUGGGUGGGUGGGGAACGCAGCUGGGUGGGUGGGGAACGCAGCUGGGUGGGUGGGGAACGCAGCUGGGUGGGUGCGGAACGCAGCUGGGUGGGUGGGGAACGCAGCUGGGUGGGUGCGGAACGCAGCUGGGUGGGGUGCGGAACGCAGCUGGGUGGGUGCGGAACGCAGCUGGGUGGGUGGGGAACGCAGCUGGGUGGGUGGGGAACGCAGCUGGGUGGGUGCGGAACGCAGCUGGGUGGGUGGGGAACGCAGCUGGGUGGGUGCGGAACGCAGCUGGGUGGGUGGGGAACGCAGCUGGGUGGGUGCGGAACGCAGCUGGGUGGGUGGGGAACGCAGCUGGGUGGGUGGGGAACGCAGCUGGGUGGGUGGGAACGCAGCUGGGUGGGUGCGGAACGCAGCUGGGUGGGUGGGGAACGCAGCUGGGUGGGUGCGGAACGCAGCUGGGUGGGGUGGGGAACGCAGCUGGGGGGUGGGUGGGAACGCAGCUGGGUGGGUGCGGAACGCAGCUGGCUGGGUGGGUGGGGAACGCAGCUGGGUGGGUGCGGAACGCAGCUGGGUGGGUGGGGAACGCAGCUGGGUGGGGGCGGAACGCAGCUGGGUGGGUGCGGAACGCAGCUGGGUGGGUGCGGAACGCAGCUGGGUGGGUGGGGAACGCAGCUGGGUGGGUGGGGAACGCAGCUGGGUGGGUGGGGAACGCAGCUGGGUGGGUGGGGAACGCAGCUGGGUGGGUGCGGAACGCAGCUGGGUGGGUGCGGAACGCAGCUGGGUGGGUGGGAACGCAGCUGGGUGGGUGCGGAACGCAGCUGGGUGGGUGGGGAACGCAGCUGGGUGUGGGCGGAACGCAGCUGGGUGGGUGGGGAACGCAGCUGGGUGGGUGGGGAACGCAGCUGGGUGGGUGGGGAACGCAGCUGGGUGGGUGCGGACGCAGCUGGGUGGGUGGGGACGCAGCUGGGUGGGUGCGGAACGCAGCUGGGUGGGUGCGGAACGCAGCUGGGUGGGUGGGGAACGCAGCUGGGUGGGGGCGGAACGCAGCUGGGUGGGUGCGGAACGCAGCUGGGUGGGUGGGGAACGCAGCUGGGUGGGUGGGGAACGCAGCUGGGUGGGUGGGGAACGCAGCUGGGUGGGUGGGAACGCAGCUGGGUGGGUGGGGGAACGCAGCUGGUGUGGCGGAACGCAGCUGGGUGGGUGGGGAACGCAGCUGGGUGGGUGGGGAACGCAGCUGGGGGGUGGGGAACGCAGCUGGGUGGGUGGGGAACGCAGCUGGGUGGGUGGGGAACGCAGCUGGGUGGGUGGGGAACGCAGCUGGGUGGGUGCGGAACGCAGCUGGGUGGGUGGGGAACGCAGCUGGGUGGGUGCGGAACGCAGCUGGGUGGGUGGGGAACGCAGCUGGGUGGGUGGGGACGCAGCUGGGUGGGUGCGGAACGCAGCUGGGUGGGUGA